AUGAAGGCAGGCGGGGUAAACUUUGGAGACAGUUUGGUCUCGAAAACUACUGACCAGAAAUGGAACGACUCACUUUGGCAAAAAAAUUUAAACAAACUCUGUCAGAACAGGAAAGCCAUAAAAAAUUAUGAAAGUGACGACGAUGACGAAGAUGACGAUGAACUUAAGUUCGCCCUCGACCGAGUGUCUCAUCUUUCCGCCCACGACGCCCUGACUAUUGUCCGAGGCGCCCUCAGUUUGCCAAUGAUGUAUUUUCUUCGUACAUCCAGCUACAUCAGCCCAUCGUUGUUGGGCAGAUUUGAUGAUGUUUUGCGUACCGCCUUGUCAGCUAUUUGCAAUGAACCAUCUGGCAUUUCAGUGCAAGAUGGCAAGCGACCAAACGGUUGUACUCUUACUUCCUGGAGAGCUGGUAAAUGUUUGGCUUGGGAUGUUACGGUUCCUGGUACCUUGGCCGAGCGCUACGUUCACCUUACCAGCAAAGAAUGUGGUUUGGCUGCAAUCAGGGCAUCGGACGAAAAAAUUAAAAAAUAUGAACACGCCCUGCCAUUUUUUAGAUUUUUUGCCAAUAUGUAUCGAGGUCCUUGGACCCAUGGACCCCAAUACUUCAAAAUUUAUUAA